AUGGGCAUUUCGAUGAAGAAUCGAUUUCAGAACAUCUUCGUGUCCUUGCUGCUUAUUCUUGCACUGGUAGCCAUAGAGCAAGUGUUUGCCGGCAGUUGCAUCAUAAGCCAGCACAAAUUCAACAAGGACACUAUAUCAGUAAAUACAGUAUGCAAAGUAAGCUGCUACGGAAUAAUUUUUUAUGCGGGUUCAACUUCAAUGUGCAUUCUGAAGCAUAAAGGCAUUGGCUAUGUUUUUACGAUCCUAACUGGAGUUUGUGACAAUGGAGAGUGCCGGAAAACGAACGAAAGUGAAAUAUAUAAACGAGAACUUGAAUAUCCAUUGUAUGACACCUAUAACCCUCAAGACAAGGUACCAUGGCCGUUCGAAUGCCAGUUCAUAAAUGUCCAGGAUAAACAAGAUAAUGUCUUUCUUUCCACUGCGUGUUCUGUGACUUGUAAGGAUGACGUGGUCAAAAUGCGCAGGGAUGGAACGCCAUGUAUAUUAUCAACAAUCGAAACAGAGGAAUAUUAUGCGAAUAUCACUGUUGGAAAAUGUCAGAACGGCCGCUGUGUGUCCGACGGAAGGGAUUACGGAAUUCAAGUUGAAAAAGAACUAGUCAAAUCGCGUUACGAAGAAACCUAUGAAGAUUACAGAAAGAAGCAAAACUCCAACUGA